CGCCUCACGAGGCGCGCAGCCACCAAGUGAAAGUGGGAUUUUGCUUUCUACCCGUGGCCAGUGACAACCGCGCCACGUUCUCGCGAACGUCUCUCGUUCUUUUUUAUUUUCCCUGCGAAGAUGCGUUUGUCCGUCGUCGGUCGAUAACCAACCACUUUGUGGACGAACGAAAUCACCUGACGGGUCCUACGUGUCCGUUACGAUGACAGUGUUGCACUGACAGUUACCUAGGAAAAGUGCGAGGCGUGAGAACCAGUGCUAAAGGAAACAUGUCGAAGUGCAACGAGAAUGGUACCUGGCAUGUCAACGUGAUCGUCGCGUUACUGCUUUUCGCUUCUUACCUCCUCCCAACGAACUGUCAACAAGGAACAGCCGAUUCUUGGGACAAAUUCUCGCGUUUGAUACCGACGAAUUCCGUGUACGAGCAACAAGAUCAAAAUGCGUCUCCCGUAGCCGGGAAUCAGGCGGAAACGUUGUCGCGCUCUUUGGACGAGAACAAUGUGAUGGGGGGAUGGAGAACGAAUUCGAAGAACGACGAACGCGAGGAGGAAACGGACGAGGAGGUUUACGAGGACGAGUACGAAGUUGAAGAGAAUGGGAAAAUAGAGCACUCCGAGAACUCGAAGCUCUCUAGAAUCACCGAUGGUGCAUCGAAGAGCGACAAACUGGAUGACGCGUCCAGAGACGAAGAUUACGUCGAGGACCCUUCCACCAGUCAAUACGAUGCGUAUUAUUAUUACGACGAUUAUGAGAGUAAUAAUCGUUCCCGGUACCAGGCUGUAGCGAACGCGGAUACUCUCGACUACCCUGACGCCGAGGAGGAAGAGAAAGAAGAGGAGGAGGAAUCAUCUCCCAAAAAAGAACACGUAAACGAGCCGGAGGAACGCGAAGAAAAUUCCUCGGAAAAGGAGGAAAACGUUGAUUCACUUCGUAAAGUGAUUGCGAAUGAUUCUUCGUCGGAUCUCCUCGAGGAAAAGGAUACAGACACACCGAUCUCUUCGACGAACGCUGAAGAAGGUUCGUCGAUGGAGGGCAGCGACCAGACGUUCGCUUUCGUCGGAUCACCGAACGCGAAAUUGAACUCCUCGUUGUCCGAUAGCUCGAUUUUGAUCGGAGAAGCUGUGGUAUCGGUGGUUACCACGAAGAGCGUGGUCAACGGAACGAUAUCAAUCCCGACGACCUCCGCGCCGACCACCACCGAGCAGGUCGCAGCACCACCCUCUUUCACGGGAACGACGGAACAACCAGUGACAACCGUGACCACCGAGGACACGUCCAAAUUGUUAGCGUCCGUUCAGACCAGUCGCAGCAUAUCCGGUGCACGAUUCCUGCCCUUUCCUGUAAUCGAUCGCAUCGAACCCAUAAGCGAGAAGAAAACCUCGCCCGCACCCGAAUCUACCGAAAGUAUCAUCGACAAGUUGGACAGGGUUCAGUCUGAAUUGUCCAGCGGUUUUCUUGCCGGAGGAUUCCGAACUGCUGGUAAUUCUCUCCAGCUGGAUGUCCUGGGAGACAGGGAUCGUGGUACACGAAGAAGGUACACUACCACUGCUAAGACACCGGUCAUCAGCAAGUUCGUACCAAGGAGAUACAACGAUAAAAGGACUGAUUAUGGAAACGGUACACCCAAACCGAGGAUAGAGACUACGUUGGAUAGCUUGGAAGGGUUGUUACCAAGGGAUUAUCUCGUUAAAGGGUCGACGACCUCUACUCCUUCCAAGACUGGUUUCAGAUGGCCCACCAAGAGCACAACUUCGACAGAAGCAACCAGCACAACCCAAGUCGCCUCUACUGCUUUCGUUUCCACCACGAAGAAACCCAAAAGCAACGUGGUGGUUCAAGACAUCAGUGCCUUCUUGCCACCUGGGUAUAAGUUGAAGAAGGAGGACGUUACAACUGAGAACACUUUACUACGCGAUAUUCUUUCAAAAUCCAAGGUGGAUAUUUCGUCCCUACUGCCACCGGAUUAUAGUAAGAAAAAUAAUGAUGAAAAUUCAAGUGUGAAAAAUGAUGUUACAACAACAACAACAACAACUACAUCAACAACAGCGAAGAGCAUAAAUGUUACACCAGAAAAAUCGCCACCUGUAAAAAGCAUUCAAGAUCUGUUUUCUAAGUCCACAUUUGAUAUCUCUUCUUUAUUACCGCGUGAUUAUGAUCAAAAGAAGAAGAAUCAGACUUCGGAGACGAAAAAUGUUCAAGUACCCAAAGAGAGUUCUACCGAAAGUAACGUUUCUAUUGGAACCGAAGAAACUUCCACGACACAGAAAGCUGGUGGGUUGAAGAUCGUGUUUCCGAGCAGACCGGGAGGGCGAAAACCUAUAUAUAAAAUUACCACCCCACAGAGUCCUCGUAGCGAGGCACCUGGUGCUGUUACACCGAAGAUUCAAAAGGGAUGGCCAACCAGAGCUACCACUGAAUUUACCGGAUGGCCAACCCCAUCGACCACGCCAAUAUCUAUCGAAAAAUUGCUGGAAGCCGCAAGAACUGCAACGAUUUCAUCCGUGAACGCGUCGCUCGUUACGACAACCGAAGCGACAUCGAGCACUUCCACAACGUCGACAACGACUACUACGUCUAGACCAACGACUCCAGGAGUUUGCGAACAAGAAUGCGAGGUCGCUGGUACUAUAAAGAUAAUCGGCAACGCAACCUGGGUACCGGAGUUGCUCGAUAGAAAUACUCAGGAAUGGCAGAAUCUUGCUAAUGAAAUUGAAAAAGAGAUGAACUUCAUAUUCUCCAAAUCUGCAGUCCUGGCAAAAUGGUACAAGAAAGUAAGAAUUGAUUCUUUCAGCGAGGGUAGCAUUUUAGUGGACUAUUUUGUCGAAUUAACUGACUUAGAGCAAAAAGUCAACACGCAAGAAUUAAAAGUUAUUUUCCAUGAUUCUUUACGUACCUACAACACAAACAGAUGGAACGAGACCCAAACGAAGGGUUCGAUAAAACUUGGGUCAUUUACAAUUGAUCCAAAAUAUACAGACUUUGUGGUAAUACCUAAACUCUCUGGUCCUCAAUACUCUGAAAAAGAUGACAAAUUAAUUCCACAAUGGACAAUUGCUGUAAUUGUAAUUGGUGUUGGUGGAUUACUCUUUAUCAUCAUAUUUGGUGUCUCUGUUUUAAUCAAUCGUCAUAAUGCUUCAAAAUUGAAACCAUCUAUAUCUACCAUUUAUGAGGAAGAAGUGGCGAAGAAUAUCACUUCUCACAGAUCUAGCGAUUACUCAAAACCCGUACAUACAAUUUGGACUGAUCCAGAUGUUUCCUGGAACGACAAAUCAUUUGAGUCAACUUCCAAUAAGGUACUUGUUGAAAAAUCAUUUCAAGACAAUAAAAGAUAUAAUAUGUACGAUAGCUGGAGAUCAGAAUGGAACGGUUAUUAUUAUAAUGGGUCUCAUACUAGUAGUAAAUACGGCGGUUAUGAUAGUACGACUAAUUUAUCGAGUCGUCAUCAUCCUGAUUACGACACAAAUUUCUGAAUUCGGUAAUAAAAUAAAAUUUUUAUCAGUUUUA